AUGGGUUCUUUGUACACCUCAAUUUCGUUCCGCAAGUUUUCGUAUAUUAGCGACCAGAACCACUGGAUCCACUUUCCGUACCGUUCGGACCUGUCACUCAAUGUGGGACAGAAGUGUGGUAGCAAGAAACCACAGGAGCCGGGCGACGACAUGCUGAUUAAAGUCAUGUGGAAGGCAGAGGUGUUGGAACGUCUGGUGUUCGACGAGCACCAGAUGGUCAAAGCUUAUGCAAAAUUUCCGUCGAUUGCACUAAAAUACUAUCCAAACGCAAGAUAUUGCAAGAAGCUUCAGCUGGGGUUUGCGUCGCAUGACGAGUUCAACAAGUGCAUCCAGGUGCUCGAAUCUCAUGGCAUUCCGACUCACCAACAGGAAAAAGCUCGUUUUUUGGGCGGCCAGAUGCAGUCGCAGAUGCAAUCGCAGAUCGACUUCGGCAGCCAAAUGGCCUUCUCCCAAAGCUCGCAGGUGGACAAAAAGGACAGGAAAAGCGAUGACUUUGUCAGGGGUGGGAUGGUAAACACCUGGUCGCAACCUGUAGAACAGCAGAGCAUGGUAGAGUCCGCUAGUCAGAUCCCGGAGAUCCCUGCUGUCGAGCCCACUCCAAAUCUGGAUUUCCUGAACUCGGUCCACUACACCUCGUUCCAGGACGAGGACCUUACAAAGGACCCGUCGCUGAAUUUCAACAGCACAAGCAUGGAUAUCAGUGACCUUAGCACGUCGACGAAGGUGGCUUCUGUGGAUUUUUGUGCGCUCAGUGAGAAAGAACUUCACAGCUACAUUUUGGGAAAAUUAAAAGACGAGGAUUUUAAAUACAUGCUUUACAAGCUCGAUCGGAUCCUGAAAAAAUAG